ACAGUCAUGUUGUUGUUUACAGUCACACAGUGAUACAGCUUUAACGAUCAGCACCCGGCAACUUCGGGCUCUUACUAGGAGAUUUAUUUUUGUUACUUUGUUAUUUACUUUUCUUGUGAACUAGUCUAUUGCCUUUUUUAAAUUUUAUAUCUGUAACAGUUCUACGAUAAACCUCUUUGUUAAAGUUGUGUUUGCUAGCUACCGGCAAACUAGCCAACUGUCGGUAGAUGUGAGUAAGCUAACUUUGCACUUAGUUAGCUGCAGUUGUCAUUUUGAAGUAUAAUUCCUUUGUGCCAUCAUGGACCAAACCGACUGUUACCCAGUGAAACUAUACAUUUACGACAUGUCCAAAGGAAUGGCCCGGCAGCUGAGUCCUCUCAUGCUAGGGAGACAGCUUGAUGGGAUAUGGCAUACUGCUAUUGUGGUCCAUGGAAAGGAGUUCUUCUUUGUGGGAGACGGCAUCAACAAUUGUCCACCUGGUAGCACACCCUUGGGUGAGCCUAACUCCACCGUGGACCUGGGCUCCACUGAGGUGCCUGCAGAGAUAUUUAUGGAGUACCUGAUGUCACUGGCAGACUCCACAUACAGCAAUAACACAUACAACUUGUUUGAGCACAACUGCAACACUUUCAGCAACGAGGUGGCUCAGUUCCUCACGGGCAAAAAGAUCCCUUCGUACAUUACAGACCUUCCAUCUGAAGUACUAUCCACGCCUUUUGGCCAGGCUCUCCGUCCCUUACUGGAUUCCAUCGUCAUAAAUCCCGGAGGCAGCAACAUAACCGGACAGCGAUAGACGGGAGCGCUGUGCACGUUACAGAAAACGACUUCCACUCACCACCAGACUGAUCACAUCUCGGCCUGUGGGUAAUCUUUGCUUGAAUUAUUUCCAUUUAACCAGCCAACAUCUUCUCUGUUCAGAGUGUGUGUGUUCAUAAAGCCUGGUGUAACCAAAUGAUUAUUUAUCCUCCAGAUUUAAAAUGAUUUGAUGUGCUUCAUCCUCUCUUGAGAGGAGUUUUAAAAUAUACAUCUUCAUCCUUUACUAAGGUGCUUUCAGUAUGACGUGUGUGUGACGAUGAUAAGACCAGUACAGAAACUGAUGAUUAGUUGAAUGCCACGUUUCCCCUCAUCAACUCAUACAUUUAUGUUCAGCAUGCACUCUCUUCAUCAUCAUCAUCAUCAUCAUCAUCAUCAGGGAGGCUGUUCAUCACAUAUAAUAUACAUUCUGUAUUUUAAUGUGUGUUAACACAAUCAUGUAAAUGUGUCACUUUAAUUUAACUCUUCCUGGAAGUGUCUGAUAACACACACACGGGUCCUCCUGAUCAUUCUUCUUUUAACGUUGUCAUCUUCUGAUUUUAUUUUUAUUUCCUGUGGCCAUUAAUAUGUGAGGACUGCACGCCGAGGUCCGAGUGAGAGAGAGUUUAAAGAAAGUGUCUAAUGACCACGGAGCAGUGUGUGUUUGUUAACUUGCCCAAGACUCUGUUUAAUUCUGCAGUUGUGCGCUGAUGGCAUUGAAUUUAAAAGUUUUGUAUAGUUUGUAUGACUCAGGCAGAGGAAAUGAAAUGUACAGCAGGUGUUAUGCAACCAGCCACUUACCUGCAUUACUGCCGGGCAUGUAUACAGAUAUUAAUGCCAUCAGCGACUCGUUUCAGGACAGUUUCCUUGGAGUUAUGAAUUGUUAUUUUGAAUAUAUUUAUUCUAGGUAUUGUUUAACCUAUUGCUAUUACUUAAUAAUGCUUGAUAACGGCAUCUGCAGGUAUUUAAAAAGUAAUUUUACGUACAUGCACAGCGGCUCUAAAGUCAAUUCUUCUCAUAAAUUGGACUGUAAAGGGUCUUAUUUGUAUUAAAAUAUUUAAUCUGAA